CCGACCAUUGUUGCCAUUUGCCUGUCAGCUGUCUUUCAGAGUUCUACUCUCUGCUCUGUAAUUUUGAUAAUUCGGUGUAAUAAUCUUUGUAAUUGAUUAACAAUGGCUUGACUCGCCCGACCAGUUUGAAAGCUUAUAUCCGAUCUCUCUAUUUUUAUUUUUUGUCAUGCGAGUAAAUUUGUAUAAGUCGUAAUAAUAUCAAGAGUCGAUAAAACAACACCAUGGCCAUCACGCUGUCCAUUUUUACGCUCAAUUGCUGGGGAAUUCCAUUUUUAUCGAAAGACGUGCCAACGCGGAUGAAUGCGAUCGGCAACUUCCUCGCUCAGAGCUCCUUUGACAUAGUUUGUCUGCAGGAGGUUUGGUCCAACACUGAUUUCGAACUGCUCAGGGCCAAGGUGCAGCAGAACCUGCCGUACUCCCAUUAUUUCCAUAGCGGCGUUAUUGGCUCGGGACUGUGUGUCUUCUCUCGGCAUCCGAUCCAGGACAGUCUGUUCCAUCAAUGGGCUGUGAAUGGUUACGUGCAUAAAAUCCAGCACGGAGACUGGUUUGGAGGCAAGGGAGUUGGACUCUGCCGCAUUUUAGUUAACGGGGAACACUACGUCAACGUAUACACUGCUCAUCUUCACGCCGAAUACGAUCGGGAGAAUGAUGAAUACCUGGCUCACAGAGUGGUUCAGGCUUUCGACACCGCUCAGUUCAUCAAGCUUUCGAGCUCACCGCAGGAUAUCAGUUUGGUGGCUGGUGACCUGAACACCGAGCCAGGUGACAACGCCUUCCACAUCAUCAAACACGUCCCUGGAUUACACGACUGCCAAGAUUAUAUUAAAGAGGAGUUAAUGACCAACGAAGCUGUUGGCAACACGUACCGCCUGCUGACUGCACCUUCUGCCGACGCGAGUGGAAAACGCAUCGACUACUUACUUUUCAAGCCGCCCUAUGGUGUUAAUGUCAGCGUCAAAGAGUUUGGCUACGCACUACCAAAUAAGGUGGAGGGUUUGGAGAUAAGUUACUCCGACCAUGAAGCUCUCUACGCCAUCCUCUCAGUCGACCGCACCACCAAAGCAGAUGAUAAAAGAUAUUGUGAACGAGAUGCUGUUCGCCGAGAGGCAUUAACAACUGCUAUCUCAACUUGUGAAGAAGCACUUCACGACCUGAAGGUACAGCAGCGGCGGUUUAUUUAUGGCGUGGUGCUGAGCGCAAUGCUACUAUUGGUGGUGCACGUGCUGCUUCCGCGGGUGCUGCCAGAGGGAAACGGAAUUGCGUUUGGCAUUAGCGGUGCCGUCCACCUCAUCCUGCUGCUGGCCGUUGUCUUCUGCCUGUUCAUGGCCACCAUCUGGCACCGCAUCGAGCUCAACGGAAUCAACGCUGGCAAGCUCGGCAUGCAGAUGUCGCUGGGCAAGCAAGCCGCCGCCGAAGCGCCCAACCACGAGAUCUGAUCUGCGAAAGCAAAGACCAAAGCGCACAAUUGGCCCAUUGAGCGAACAAGAUCACUGCUUCAAAUGAUAUCCAGACUCUAACCACCUUAAGAACAAGCCUUCUGUUUUGCAUUUGAAAUUCAUGAAGCCGAAAAUAACGGAUGUUUUUAGGCUUGUUCACACAAACAGAGGUCUUAAAACUCAACACUUUGUUCUGUGCACACAUUUGCAUUCAAAUGGCGAAAGAUAUUCAAGAGAAUGUGAUUGAAAUAAGUUUGGCAAGCUUCACUCUUGUGUCAUCCACAAGAACCACAUUUUUUGAAAUAUGUUUUCCUAUUUAGACUGAUAUAAAACAUGCCAGCCACGUCAACAGGACUGUCCUGGGAGCUUUUAUCUUGCCUGUGUGACAGGCAGGACACAAAUCGAACUCUAAUGAGUGUCCUUUAAUGACGACUGACGACUCUAAAAAAACACUGAAAAAUAACUAAUGCAUUGCUGAGCUAUUGAGUUUUUACAAAACUCAUACUGCCAAUCAAAGAUUUGCUGGGGUUUCAGCCUCUAGCUCUUUCAUGUUGUUGCCGAUUUUGCCGAAAUGCAACUUUUUGCACAGAAUGAAUUUUUGAAUUUUAGUGUGGUCUUGAUCUUGAUUGGGACAUUUCCAUAAAAUCAUCAAUUAUCAAAUAGUUUUAUUUGAUUUAUUCUAGUUCUUGUUCUCUAUUUAAAUCUGAAAAUUAAGGUGCAUCACCAAAUCAAUGUGUUUGAAGUGGAUUCUAACUGGGUUAUCGUUCUGCAGAGGAAGAAUAAGAAUACGAGGUGCAUUUUAUUAAAAAUCGAGCGAUUUGUUGAAUUUUAAUGAAGUUACUUUGUUACAUUGUUCAAUAUUCUAGCAUGGAGAAAUUUGUUUGAUAAACAAAAUGAUCUGAACACAAUUAAUUCUCUUGUUUUUAAUGGCUUUUGGUACAAAUUGUGAUCUUUGAACGUCUUUACAGUUAUUUUGUGUCAAUUUUUAAAAAGUGGUGCAUUUUUAAAGUAUCACUGGUAAAUUUUAUUAUUUCCCCUUUAAAAAUUAACUUCUAAAAUCCUUGAUUGUGAUAACAUAUAAAUUUUUAUCACUGUUUAUAAAAUUGCUUUGAAAGUCGUGUGAAACAAAAAAUCUAUCAUCUACACGCAGAAUUUCUAAAAAUUGAAACUUGUCGCUGAAUACCAGCCACGGUUGUUGAUUAUUAGUAGAAAUUGAGUGUGUCACUAAAUGGUUGUUGCUAAGAGAGAAGGGUGCUUUUGAUAAAUCACAUCUGUAGGAGUUUGGCCAGUUGUUGCAGCCUCUAAUCGAGCAGUUUGCGUUCUCUCACUUAAAAAGGCUCUUGGAAUAGUGAUGCUUGCUGAAUAGAAAACGUUGCUGAUUGGCUUUGUGAUGAUAAAAUGAACAUGACUAGUUGCCUCGGAGUUUUUUCCGAGAGAGUAAUUCGACGCAGGGUUUAUUGUCGCGGCCGAGAGUCCUUGUUCCACUGCUCGGAGGUUUUUUUGCAGAUUUGUUCACUUUAGAAUUAGUCAGUCACCAAGCCAAAUAUUUUCUGACACAUUUUUCAAACUUUUGUGACUGUGCAAUCAUGUACCAGCAUCACUGCUGCUCUUUCGUUUUACUUUUCGUGUAGCAAUUGGCUCAAUAAGACGCAAAUCGGAAUAAUCUGCUCAAGACGAAGUAACUGAGAUGAGAAAAGCCAAGCUCCAGAUUUUUCAAUCCACUCUAAACUUCACUGUCUUUGUUACACGCGCUUGGAAUGUCAACUUGUCGUAGACAUACGUUUUUCACUUUGUUCAAUUUUCUUGUGGCUUAAAGUGGAAAUCACGCUACGUACAAUGUAAAAAUAUAUAUGAAUGUAUAUCAGCGCUGCUCGCAUUAAAAAGACAACCCGCUUGCGCCGAAA